AUGGCAUUCAUGCUCAUAUCAGUCAGCUGUCUAGAUUGUAGUGGAUACUUGCUCACCAUCAAGAAUAGUCAUUGCACAAUACAAAGCCCACAGCCCAAACAUAAAACAAUUGGCAUAAUACUAGUGACUAAAGGCCUAUACCAUAUAACUGCCCCUAUAGCACCCAAAUCCAUAUCCAACACCUCCAUCACUGCACUCUCUGAAUGUCUUGUAACUAUGAAAAGGUUUUACAAUCUCAUGGGCCAUCUAAGUGAAGCUAUUCUCAUCACAAUGGUAAAAUCUGAGUUAGUACAUGGUAUCCAGGUUGACAUAGGAACCAAGGUUGGAUUCUGUCAAGCAUACGUUCAAGCCAAAGCCACCCAAAAGCUAUUUCUAAAGAUCAGUCUGAAAAACAAGACAGCAAAAGCAUACAGUGAUAAAGUCAUGAUAGACAUCUGGGAACUUGCUGACACUGAGUCAAUUAGUGGUCACAAGUAUAGUAACACUUACCAGAACAUCUCAUCAUGA